CGCGCAAGCUCCACCAAUCACUCGCCCUCUGACCUCCAAACUCUAAGCUCCCGUGGUACCAAACACCCCCUCCUUGUCUGUGCCAUUUGGAGAGAAAACCAGAGCGUUUCAACAACCGAAAUUCGUGCCUCGUGCCUCGUGAUUGCCGUCUCGUGGUUAGAACCCGAGCAUCAUCGCCGAGGAACCAACGACACUUUCACCCUCGACAGCUUCAGGAAAACUCCAGACCGUCGAACCCAGGCCAUCUGCUUACCGGCUUUUGAUAACUCUUCUCAAACAUGACGACGGUUGUGGCGUUCAUUCAACGAUGCAUGAUUGUUGUCGCAAUUUUUCUUUGCUAUUUUUACGUUCAGGGUGAAAACGUGGACUGCGAGUUGUAUCCAUUCCAUCAGACUUGCAGAGGUACGAUGUCCAGGAAACGUGCAACAUUUCCGAUCUUGUAUAGAUCGGGUUGCGAUGGAAGUAAAGGUGGUUUAAACUGCCUCAGAGAAUACGAGGACAAGGCUCGCAUUGCCUAUGUUCCAUUGUCGAAAUCGAAACUGUUGAUUGCUCUGCUCGAUAACGAUCUGCCAAAGGACGUAACAUAUACGGCGCGUCAUAGACAAAGGAACAAUGUAAUGGACGAACGGAGGCCUCUCAUGGAGAACUUUUUGUCAGAAUUGGAAUCUUCGGACAUCAACUAUUAAAUGGACUGAUCAAGAAAAAAAUAUUUGCUCGACUCGCGCGAACAUUUUUCAUUAAUCGAAUUUUCAAAAAUGUGUGUUUUGUCCUAUUUCUAUAAUGUUUACACCGUAUAAAAUUCUCUCUGUUUCUUCCCAGCUCUUCCAAGUCUUUCCAACUAACUUUACCGCUCACACCCCUUUCUUCUCAUCUAUCCUUGUCCUUUACACGUUCCUGGACUGAGAUAUAAUUGAAACCAUUGUAUUCACGUUAUUAACAAUACACUAUAUGCUACAGCAUCAGAGAAUACAUUUGAAAUUCGCAACAAUUCCUUAGACUGUCCUAUUUAAAAGAAAGUACGAAAUUAACACGUGUCGAUAAAAUCGAGAUUUACUACAUAUGUUAUACAAUCGCCGUGCAGACAUAUAUCACAAACUAAGCUCUUGUACAUACAUAAACGAUUUUAAAACGAUUAUUAGAGGAAUAUCUUUGUUAUGUUCAAAAAAGGAAAUACAGUCAAUAAACAAAUUUAUUUCUAGAAAAUUUCGUGCGUUCUUUAUACAUUUAAAUAAGUGUAUAUGUAUACAUAAGACGUGGCUACGUGAAACUACUAAAAUAAAUCGUGACAUUUUGAAUUUUA